CAACCCUCUCGAUCAUUUCUGCCACAUCCCAUUAGAUGCCUACACAUUCAAAAUAUUGUCCUCUUCUCAAGUGCAUAUUCCAGUGGCAAAUCUUGUCUGAUCUAGAUAUCCACCCUUGAGAAGAGAUGAAAUUCGACUCCAUGGUCCUUUUACUUUCCAAUGGUUAUUCGGGCCUGAACCUUCGUCCACUCCACUUGUUAGCAGAUUCUAAAUAAUUGAACCAGUCCGGCAGUAAACAUGAGCAAGACAUGGUGGUUGGAUGGAAUUGCUUGUGAAGUGACUUCAGGAUGAGAUUUUCCAAAACAUCCAAUGGUUCCAAUGUCCUAAGGUGUAGAUUCACUCUAUCUUGGGUGCUGUUCCAAAUUGUGUGUUGUGCUAAAACCACCAAAGUCACCAGAGAUGCGCUCUUCUAUUCCCAAGAUAGUCAGAGAGAGUUCGAAGACAAGCGCAUUCUCUUCGAGGAGAUAUCCCACCAAAAGCUCUGGUCGAACAAGAGUCCUUUGUGGAGAGACGAGAACCUCUAUUUCCAACUCCCACUUGGAUACGCAUCGCUAGCACGUGGUUUCUCCGAAAGUCGGACUCGAACCACCGAAUCCCAGGAUCCCCAGAACCGUGACGGUAACAAAGUGCACACUUUGAAUAACCGAGACUCGUCACGGCACGUGGUGGCCCACAUUGACGAUCGGCAAUAUUACGACUCGUCCAACGAUUACCUCGAUACCUACGAAAGUGAGGAUUAUCGCGAGUACGGAUCAGCCUCGAGAGACUACCCCGAGUCCCCAUCAUCAAUCGAAUUGAAAGCCAGAGAAAAAGAAGGUUACGCCAUCCUCGGAAACGUGCUCGAUUACAUUCGAGAUCAGGAUCGUGUGGAAGUGGUCCAUUAUCCGGAGAUCGACUCGGGAGCCUCUUCGUCUCGACCUCAGGCCUCGCCUCUCCAAUCUGUGCCUUACAUAAUUCAACCCACUGAUGUGUUGGCUCAAAACCCCGAGUUCCAAUCGAUCCUCGCCGAGCUGAAGCACUCCAUCGAGAGCCCGUCCUCCACUUCAGAGUCCAUUACUAGCCUCUUCAGUCUCGUUUAUCAGAACCGAUAUGUCUUUCUUCUCGGGGUGAUCCCGUUGACGUUGAGCAGCCUUUUCUUGCUUGGUCACGCUCCCUUUCAGAUCCUUUUGAUUGGCGCCUACAGCGUGACCGUAUAUCUGUUCAGCCGGAAUCAGGAGGCCGACAAACUUCGUCGAUUAUUGGAACGCGCUCACCGAAGUUCCCAUUUGACAAGUUUGCUUGACCCGGUGGUGUUGCCUGAAUUGGCCGAGUCCCUGAUUUGGUCCAUUUUGACGGAUGACAAAGGCCAAGACGAGCUUUCGAACACCGUAGAGUUACGUGGGAACUUUCGGGAAAUGCUUCGGCAACUGAAGGACAGCCUGUUUGCCCAAUAUUUCUCCCCUGAAAGCCUGGAUGUCCUUCAUUUCCUGAGUAAUUUUGUGGAUCAGCAACUCGAGAAGAUUCAGAUCAUGAGUCAAGCAUGAAUAUUUUAUCCAUUAUCUUGUUCGGCCUUUUGGUCUUGGUUCCUGCACCCACGUGUUCCAAUGUUCCUAAGAGCCAGAUGAGCCUGAACAGUGAUCGUCGUCUUUACCAGGACGAGAUUGAGGAACUUGUGGGAGAGAUGACGUCUUACAUAUCCAACAAUCUCGAACACUCCCUCAGGGCGGGGAAUUCAAGCACCCUCAAGUUUGUUUUCCACCCAGACAGCUGGAAAUUGGAACCCGAGCACAAAGACAACGAGAGUCAUCAGAAGCCACAACCUCAACCAGUCGUUAUGGAUAGUGUAUCUUCCCUUUUAGUUUUCGUACCUUCCACGGUUUCCCCAACAGCUAGUACACCACCUCCACCAACAGCAGCAGCAACAACAACAACAACAACAACAACAACAAUGCCGACAAUAUCUGUCCCCGGGUUCCAGUCUCAGGUUCCAAAUCGGCCUCAAGUCAUCAUCAAGGAGUGGUCGCACUCGAAGCCCAAAGGCUCAAUGGAGAUGUCCUCAAAGACGAAUAGAGACACGGCCAUUCUAUCUCAGAUUCCCAGUGAAGCGAGCCUAAUACAUCAUAUGGGCCCAAUGGAGCAUCUCCAACACCAAUCGAAUUACAUUCAGCAACUCUCAAUGCAGGAUACACAUGACUCCGAGUUCUGGAUCAAACAAGGUUUCUCAGAAAAUGCAAUGCAGGCUCAACCUUCAGUGGUCACAAUGGUUCCACAAAGGACGCAAAUUCCAUUUGUAGGUACACCUUUUCAGCGAUUCGAUUCCACCUGGUCCCCAUAUAAACCGACAGCUAGUCAUGGGGCGUACAAACCCACAGCCUCGGCAAUGCUGCUGGAACCACCCAGUAUACCUUUGAAAAAGCCAUUGAGGACCAGUGAAGUGUUUUUACCUCAAUAUCAUCCCUUGAGACCAACCUACUCACCCAAAGGAGGGACUUCAAUGAGCAAGCUCAAGCCAAUUUUGGCUCCUCUUCUUACCCUCCAGCCAAUAAAGGGUUACAGACCAACGGUCAAAUCGUCUCAAUUUCAUCCACCUAAUCCACAGGGGUCCAGUAGUUCCAAGUAUAAGCCGACCAUUAAACCUACCGAAGGUAGUGCAACCAUUAAAUCAGAGACAAUGGCUCACAGCCCCAGUACCCCAGGCGACCUUGGAGGAUCAGUCUCAAAGUACAAGCCCACUAAUCGACCGGAGCCUUUGUUGACGACCUCCGGGUUCUUCAUGUUAACGGCUGGAUCCACGCAAUCUGAUUUGCCAUUAAGUAACCAAGAAAAGGUCACGUUCCAAACAACGAAAACAAUUUCUACAACAACAACAACAACAACAACGACAACGACGACAAGGUCGACAACAAGUGCCACGUCAAUCACGACCACCUCUGUAAGUGUUCCAGAAUCGAAUGAAAUAUCAACGAUUAGGCCCAAUGAAGUUGUGGAAGUGAACUUGUACGACUUAGUGGAACACUUUGUGCUUGGCUUUGAUAAGUUCUUGAGGCAGGUGCUCAAUGGUGGCCUCGGGAAAACAGUGAAUUCGCUAACUGCAGCUUUACGAGAGACCUUCAAUGGGAGAAACAGCCUCGUGAACCUACUGAUCGUGUUUGGGAUACCCACGGCCACAGCUGGUUUGACCUUUAUGGGGAUGGGUCCCAUGGCCGUGGCAUUGGCGGCCUGGGUGGUCCCAAUGUUGUCAGUAGUGGUUAUCCCUGAUUUAGUGGCGAAUGACAAUGUGGAACGAACACGCUCGUUCUUGACUUGAGAGAAUUGUGCUUGUGUUUUUAUUUUAGAUCUACAUAUUCAUUGGGCUUUGAUCUCCAAAAUAAGUGUUCCACAACUUAAAUUGCAAUGUUAUCAGAUUUGAGAUUGUUCGGCUUUGUUCAUGAUGCUAAAGUGUAUUGAAUGAUAGAAAACGUAUUGAAGACUGACUAAAAAAUAA